CGCAUUCCGACAAUGGACUCGUCCGUCGUAAGGCCUUUGCAGUAGGGAGUUGUUUGGCGGACCCCGCAAGUUUUUCUUUACUUUUCAUGUUAUUGUUGUGUCUCUAAAGAAGCCUACAUUGUUCAUUUUUAUCAACACUUGUCUCGUUGUUCACUCGGUGUGUCGACGGACUUUAAAAGCAAGUGUUUUGUGCGUGGUACACAACUAGCUAGAGAGCGAAAGAAGGAAGGAAGGCAUCGGAGACUGGGACUGGCUGAGCUUAUGAUGCCGACGUUGCGGGACAGCACCAUGUCCCACCCCGGCGAGAAUUCCCACCAAGUCCGGGUGAAAGCGUAUUAUAAAGGGGACAUCAUGAUCACUCAUUUUGAGCCGUCCAUCUCAUACGAGGGUCUGUACGGGGAGGUUAAGGACAUGUGCUCCAUGGACAACGACCAACUCUUCACCAUGAAGUGGAUCGACGAGGAAGGUGACCCCUGCACCGUGUCGUCUCAGCUGGAGUUGGAAGAAGCUCUGCGUCUCUACGAAGUCAACAAAGACUCGGAGCUCAUUAUCCAUGUGUUCCCAUGUAUACCAGAGAAACCUGGUAUGCCGUGUCCGGGAGAAGACAAGUCUAUAUAUCGGCGUGGAGCCCGGCGCUGGAGAAAGCUCUACUAUGCCAGUGGUCACGCCUUUCAGGCCAAGCGCUUUAACAGGCGGGCCCACUGUGCCAUCUGUACAGACCGGAUCUGGGGUCUGGGAAGACAAGGCUACAAAUGCAUCAACUGCAAACUGCUGGUGCACAAGAAGUGCCAUAAACUGGUCACAGUGGAGUGUGGUAGACCGAUGAUCCAGGAACCAAUCAUGCCCGGCCAACCAUCGAGUCAAUUAGACCAGACUGAACAGCCAGGCCCUCAGAAUAAAGACUCCAGAGAAAGCUUGACUUACGAUGGAGAAGAGAAGGAGGCGCGGAGCAGUAGAGACACAGGAAAAUCGCCUUCCAGCCUGGGCCUGGCAGACUUUGAUCUGCUGAGGGUGAUCGGCCGAGGCAGCUACGCCAAGGUGCUGUUGGUGCAGCUGAAGAAGACGGAGCGCAUCUACGCCAUGAAGGUGGUGAAGAAGGAGCUGGUCAAUGACGAUGAGGACAUCGACUGGGUCCAAACAGAAAAGCACGUUUUCGAGCAGGCCUCCAAUCAUCCCUUCCUGGUUGGCCUCCACUCCUGUUUUCAGACAGAAAGCAGACUUUUCUUUGUUAUUGAAUAUGUGAACGGUGGAGAUCUCAUGUUCCACAUGCAGAGACAAAGGAAACUCCCCGAAGAACACGCCAGAUUUUACUCGGCAGAGAUCAGUCUGGCGCUCAACUACCUCCACGAGCGGGGAAUCAUCUACAGAGAUCUGAAGCUGGACAACGUGCUGCUGGACUCUGAGGGACACAUCAAGCUUACGGACUACGGCAUGUGCAAGGAGGGCUUGAGACCUGGCGAUACAACAAGCACUUUCUGUGGUACCCCCAAUUACAUUGCCCCUGAAAUACUCAGAGGAGAGGAUUACGGGUUUAGUGUGGACUGGUGGGCGCUGGGCGUGCUGAUGUUUGAGAUGAUGGCAGGCCGGUCGCCCUUUGACAUCGUCGGUAGCUCUGACAACCCAGACCAGAACACAGAAGACUACCUCUUCCAAGUAAUAUUGGAAAAACAGAUCCGAAUCCCCCGCUCUUUGUCAGUCAAAGCUGCCAGCGUUCUCAAGGGAUUCCUCAACAAGGAUCCCAAGGAGCGUCUAGGCUGCCACCCUCAGACAGGUUUUGCCGACAUCAUGGGCCAUCCAUUCUUUCGAAACGUUGACUGGGACCUUCUGGAGCAGAAGCAGGUGGUCCCUCCUUUCAAGCCCAACAUCUCAGGGGAAUUCGGACUGGACAACUUUGACGCCCAGUUCACCAACGAGCCCAUCCAGCUCACGCCUGAUGAUGAUGAUGUGGUCAAGAAGAUCGACCAGUCUGAGUUUGAAGGAUUUGAGUACAUCAACCCACUCCUGAUGUCAGCGGAGGAGUGUGUGUGAGAGAACGCGACGUCUGUGCUCGUACACACCUCCCACACAUACACACACACACACAAACACACACACACAAUCAUGCACGUGUUACGUGGCGUCUCAGUGUCUUCAAGCUGCAUGGUUACGAGACAACCCGGCGACAUCAACCUUCUGUUCGAGGGCCGCACAUGCACAGCAGAACGCUUUUUUUGCCAAAACCAGUCUCACACUCUGCCAUUUAUAACCACUUGCCCUUAAGCCUACCUUCUUUUUUAAUUAUUUUUAUAUCAUGUAAAUCUGCACUGAUAUCGAUUUUCUCAUCGGGGUCUCUUUAUCGGGAGCCAAUGAGGCUACAGAGUCCUUAAAGGUUGCUGUACACAGGGGCAGGGGAUGAGGCACAGCCCUUGACAGAUUGACUGAACAUCCUCUCGUUCCAGCUGGUCGGGUGUUUUCAAUGCUUAUUUUAUUUGUGUGUGUAUGUAUGUAUGUAUAU